UAUUGACUUUUAUGCUGUGAGCACAGACGGUUCGAGUUGCUGACACUUAGUUUCUCUUUCCUGUGCUUCAGGGACAUCUGAGGGUCUGACUGAAGACAGUAUGAGCAGCAACAGCCCUGCCGCACCCAUGGUGACACUGCUCAUUGUGCCAAUUAUUUUGAUCACAGUGUCUGGAAACCUGCUGGUUAUAAUCACCAUUACCCGCACCCUGCACCUCCAGACCACCACCAACGUUUUCAUGACAUCGCUGGCUUGUGCUGACCUCCUGGUGGGCUGUGUGGUACAGCCUCUGGGGUCCUCCCUGGUGGUGACCGGUAACUGGCUCCUCAGUGGCACGGCCUGCGAGCUCUGGAUCUCCAUCGACGUGCUGUGCGUGACGGCCAGCACGGGCACGCUGUGCGCCAUCGCCGUGGACCGCUACGUGGCCGUCACCCGGCCCCUCAGAUACCAGGUGCUGCUGGGGAAGCGGCGGGCCAGGACGAUGGUGUGCGCGGUGUGGGGCGUGGGAGCGCUCGUCUCCUUUGUUCCCAUCAUGAGCCAAUCGUGGCGGGAUCACGAUUUCAAGGAGGCCCUUCAGUGUUACCAGGAGCCCACUUGCUGUGAUUUCAUAACCAACACAUCCUACGCCAUUAUCUCCUCCGCGGUGUCCUUCUAUGUCCCCCUCCUGGUUAUGGUUUUCGUCUAUGGUCGAGUGUUCCUCAUCGCCACUCGACAAGUUGGAAUGAUAAACCGGAGCACGCUACGCUUCCACAGUGAGAGCGACGUGGAAUCUUCAGCUGGUGUCGGGGCCGUCAUGGGGGGCGGUGCCGGGCACCUCGACCCAAUGACAGGAGGUCGCAGGCCUACAAGACCCACAAUCCUCAAGGAACACAAAGCUCUCAAGACGUUGGGGAUCAUCAUUGGAACGUUCACCCUGUGUUGGCUCCCCUUCUUUGUGUCCAACGUCGUCAAAGUCUUCAAGCCCGGCGUCCCGCGCAAGGAGCUCUUCCUGUUCUUCAACUGGCUGGGAUACGUGAACUCGGGCCUGAAUCCCAUCAUCUACUGCCGCAGUCGUGAGUUCCGCUCUGCCUUCCGGUCCCUUCUGGGCUGCCCCUGGCUCUCAGGGGUCGGUCUCCGCCGCCGGUUGAAGAGCUUGCAGAAGGCCCCCAGCCAGACUGGCCCCACUCCCGCGUUAGCCGACGGCCCGUGCCUGGAGUUGCCUCCAGGGGAAAUGGAUCCCGUUGAUCCAGAGGCAGUCAGAAUCGCACCUGUAUGAUUGUUUAUAUAUUGGUGUCAGUACAACUUUGCUUUAGGCUGUGACAGUUUUUGUUUUUUGUUGCCAUUGUUAGCGGUGGGAGGUUGAUGGCUGCUUUUUCACUUCCUUUGAUCAAUACCAGCGUGAGAGGUGGUUGCAUGAUGCAGCAUGAACACUGAGAAAGCUGAAGAGAUCAACUUCCCACGCUUCAGUUUUGGUUGGUUUGUUUUUGGCAUGUAACUAGCGUGUGGGUGUAUCGAUGGGGAAGUAAUGCCAGUCUAGUUUCAUUAAUAAAAGGCUUUCAUUUGUUAAUUUUUCUCACUUGAGCUUAUAGUAUGAGUUAUGUGUAUAAGCAACAUGUAUUCGUAUCUUCUAAAAGAUCUCUCUGAAAGUGACAGUGUUUACAAGUUUACAACCUCAGGGCACAAGUUCAAAGAUUACCGAUAGCUGUUAGUUGGCCAGGAAAUACUGUAUGCUAAAUUGUGCAAAUGAAAAUCAGUAUGUGUCAGGGGGAAAGAAUGUCAAACUUGUUUGUGUCAUCUCGACCUAAGGAUGCAAGGAAGUGACAGGUGUUUAUAGCUACAUGGACUGUUUCAGAGUCGGAUGUUUGAUCUGUCUUGACAGCACAGACCUGCUCUGGCUAGACAGCCUUAACAGAUUAUACCUGGAAAUGUGGAAGGACGAAGCAUCUGUUGCUAUUCCCUGAAGACUUGUCUAGCUGGUCUGAUGUCUUUGAAAGUAAUAUUAUUAAAAAAAAUAUCUGGGAAAAUUGCAUAUUAAGUGGCACAUUUUAAAGGCAGAUGUAAUAUUGCCUCUAUUGAUUUUAACCAUUUAUGGUUGAUAAUGCAUAUCAUGAAGUAUCCAAGGGUUUGUUUUCAUAAUUAUCUUUCAUAAAUGUAUUUCCCUCUGUCUUUUAUAUCAACUUUGGCAAUUUAAAAGCUCAUCAUCCAGUUGUUGCACAAAUAUUUCUAAUUUUAGGUUGACUGCUUCCCAAGUACCAAAGCAUUAUGAGAAAUAUUUUUCUCAUUUUCAUUGUCUUAAUGUGACAAUGUAUCAUAAGCAUUCAAAUAAAUGAUUCUGGUA